AUGAGUACCACCCAAACACCUUACCAGUCCUCCACCGGGGGCUACAACCAAGACCCCAAUUCCACCACCCCUAUUGGAACCAACGUCAACACUGCAGCUAGCACCACCGACCCGUUUACUGGACCUGCCUCCCAGUCAGCCGGACCGCAUACCUCCAACGUCGCCAACACUCUCGAUCCCCGCGUCGAUAGCGACUUGAACAACCGCGCCCAGUACGCCCCCGGCACGGCCGCCUCCGGCAAUGUCCACCCAGGCGCUACACAGAGCUACAACAACCCGAACAGCUCCAACGCGGGUCCUCACAGCUCCUCAGUCAUGAACAAGCUUGAUCCCCGUGUCGACAGCCAGACCGGUAACACAACCACCAAGACGACCAACGAGACGGGUACAGGCGCCUCCCGCAAUCCUACCGAUACCUCUGGAGCAGGUGCGGGUGUCAGGCAGGGCUCCUCAACCACCUCCGUCGGAACGCCUGGAGUGGAAGACAAUCGCUCACGCUAUGACCCCAAUGUAUCGAGGUACAACCCCGCGACUGGGUCCGGAUACGCGACGGCGGGCGGAGUGGGCCACCAGCCCGCCCCGGGAUCCAGCAGCUACGAUAAGCAGGACUACCGAGCUGAAUAUGCUCCCAGCACAGAAAACAAGCACUAUACUGCGGACGCACAGGGCCGAUCAGCAGCCAAGGGCGAGGAGAUUGGCCGGGGGGUGAAAUCAGCCAUUGCUGGCAUCCACGGUGCUGGGGAGUCGUUGCGGGGGGCAAUGACUGCAGCUGUUGACAAGGCAUUCGGCCAUGAAGCAGGCGCCGCGAAGAACGAGGCCAUAGCGAAUAGGGGCGAGCAGGAGAUCCGCUCAGGAACGCUUUCUGGUCAGAGGGAGGCCCGUUAG